AUGCCGCCGCCGCCUCCGCCACCUCCGGUGAAUCGUAAGAUAGUGAAGCUGUUCUUGGAACAGAAACCACCCAUGUUCGAUGGACUUGGAGAGCCGGACAAGGCUGAAUCGUGGAUCCGCGCAAUAGAGCGUAUCUUCUCAAUCUUGGGUUGCAACGACCGGGAAAGGAUGAGCUGCGUUACUCACCAACUAACUGACGCAGCCGACUUUUGGUGGGAUACUAGAGUAAAGACCUUGCGGCGAGAACAAGUGAAAGCAAUGACGUGGGAAGCAUUCAAGGCGAAGCUCUACAACAAGUACGUGCCUAAGAGCUACCGGAAAGCGAAGGCAUCCGAGUUCUUCAAUUUGACCCAAGGACGCAUGACCGUGACCGAGUACGAUCGUGCGCUCAAUAGCAUGACUCGAUAUGCACCCGAUCAGGUGGACACCGACGCGAAGCUGUCCGACAAGUUCCGAGAGGAACUAAGGCAUGAGAUUGGAAUGUCAUUGGCUAGUAGAGGGAGACUUCCCUACGCCGAAGCAUUGGCACUUGCGUUGGAUAUAGAGGCUGCAAUGCCUAAAGAGAGAGCCAAGGAGAACACUACACUAUCUCUGCCGCCAUCGCAUAACUCCCGGGAGAAGAGGAAAUGGGAGGACUCUAGGACUUCCUAUGACGGAAAACGGUAUCAGGAAAGUCGACAUCGACCCCAUUAUGGAGGAAGGCAACGUACGUUCACCCCGAGAAGAGACUACGGAUCCAAAGCGCCGCAGUGCAAUGUGUGCACUAAGUACCAUUUCGGUGAAUGUCGACAACCGAACGUCCUCAAAUGCUACAAUUGCGGAGGAAAUGGCCACUACUUAAGGGAGUGCCCGAGUAGGACAAGAGGAUCGGGAUCGAGGCGAAAUGAUUCGGGAUUCCGCCAGCCAGCAAGGGGAUCGCAGAACGAACCACGAGGAAAUCGUGACCCAUCGUCGCGACAGCAACAACCUCCCCACCAAAGACUUCCUCCUCCAGCAAGAGCGUACGCGUUGGAGCAAAAGAAACCGAAUAAUGAGGAAGGUGAACGUGAGAAGAAGAAUCUGACAGGUAUGGGCGAAAUUCUCAACACCCCUGUUGUUGUGUUGUUUGAUACGGGCGCGUCGCACUCGUUUAUAUCUGAUUUAUGUGUGCGCACUUUGGGCUUACCUGUUAGAGUAACUGAACAUAAAAUGAUAGUGUCUUCACCAGUGGCUGGGACAGUAGAAUUAUCUCGAACGUGCUCGAACGUAGAAAUCGUUUUAGGAGAACUUAAGCUAGUUGCUCGCGACCUACGAAUUUUACCGAUGAGGGAUACCGACGUAAUCCUAGGAAUGGAUUGGUUGGCCGCAAAUUUCACAACGAUUCGAUGCAAGGAGAGACAAAUAUCGCUACAAGCGCCGGGAAGGGAACCUAUCGUGUAUCAUGGUAUCUCGAUGAACCGACGAACCGCGAUAAUUUCCGCGCUACAAGCUACCGCGAUGAUAAAGAAGGGACGACCUGCCUAUCUCGUUUAUCUUCACGGCGAUGAGAAGGAUGAAAGAAAAGUAGAAGACGUCGCCGUUGUGCGAGAAUUUCCGGAUGUUUUCCCCGAAGAGUUACCUGGACCGCCGCCAGAUCGACAAUUAGAGUUUACGAUCGAUCUCGAGCUGGGAGCUACACCGGUAUCUAAAGCACCAUAUCGGAUGGCGGCAAAGGAGUUGGGAGAACUCAAGAUACAGUUACAGGAACUCAUGGACCUAGGCUUUAUCAGACCUAGCGCAUCACCAUGGGGCGCACCGGUACUUUUCGUGAAGAAGAAGAAGGAUGGAUCGAUGAGGAUGUGCAUCGACUAUAGAGAAUUGAACAAGUUGACGCUUAAGAACAAGUAUCCACUGCCAAGAAUCGAUGACCUGUUUGAUCAACUCGUGGAGCAGGAGUAUUUUCAAAGAUGGACUUGA